CUGGACACCACAGGAGGCAAAAGCCACCACCCAGCUAGGUGAGGUGUGCCAGCAAAGGUCAUGGGGGUCUCACUGACAUCCCCAGCCCGGGGACGCUGGUUCUGCCAUGCACUUCCCUUCGCUAUCCUCACGCUGUUAUUUCUCUACACCAGUGUGCGACUCUUUCAUGAGUGGCCUCUUGUGUUACCGGCUCAGAGAAGUCAGCAGUCCAGCCUGUGGGAACUCGAGCCCCCUUCUCCUUCUCCAGCCCUUACCGCCUUGCUUCAGAUCACCUCCGGUAUCCUGACAGGCUGCAGGCCCGGGGUGCAGUCCUGCAACCCGGAGGGACCGCUACCUUCCCAGAUCGGUCCAGAGUUGACAGCCCUGGUGGUCCCGGGGAAGGAAGAGCCUCCCUGUCUGGGGCCUCAAGGAGUGCUGGGUCGUAUGAUGAGCCCCUUCCAGGCCUGUUUGAGCUCCGAAGGGGAUGUGGAGUUGUCUCAGUAUCUGGCAGGAUGGAGGGAACUACUCAGGUUCCUAACCCCGCUUGGCUCUGUUUUCGCCUUCGCCACCAGUGAAGCCUUCGUCAAGGUGACCGCCCUCGAGGCUUGUGUGCGUGGUCCAGAUGCUUUGCACUACGCGUCGCUGGCUACUAUGGCGACGUGGGAGCGGCAAGCAGGACUACUGGAGCUACCCGGGACCGCGCCCCGGGACCAAGCCAGGGCCUCGGGUUCUCGAACGCUGCUUUUGCUGCACCGCGCGCUGCGCUGGUCGCAGCUCUGCCUCCACAGGGUGGCGACAGGGACGCUCGGAGGUCCGGACGCGGGCGUGCAAUGCGGGGACGCCUACAGCACCGCGCUGGCCGAGCACCACCCAUGGCUCGUCCGCCAGGCCGCCCGCCUGGCCAUCCUCGCCCUCCCGAGUCGCAGCCGCUUGCUCCAGCUGGCGUGUCCCGGAACGACCGAGGCGGACGCGCGGGUGGCCCUGGCCCGGGCCGCCCGAGUACUGGAGGACGUCUACAACCGAACCCAGAGCCUGCUGACCCGCCAUGGCCUGCUCCAGCUGGCUUGAUGACCGCGGUGUGAGCGGACUGACCAGAAAGGCGUUGUUGUGGGGAGGGAUCUAAGCACCAAGGACCGGGCCACCUGGCUAGCCUUCCUCCUCCGUGAGGUCACCAGUUAAGGCGAGCCCCCAGCAUGGUAGAGUAUGUGGUGUGGGAUCCUCACAUCCUCAGCCUCAAGAAGCUGCAAGGAGCAAUGAGGAAUAAAGAAUUCUUUAGUAGCUGUCGACAUAGGGCGUUAUGUAUGAUGAACUGACCGUAUCUUAAGCGGGGAAAUGUGGGAAGCUGUGUCUCCCCUGUUCUCUGCAUCCGAACGACUCAUUCCCCAGAGCCCAUUUCAGCGACUCCCAUGGCUUCAGUUGCCAGCCCUAAGCCAAGUCUCCAGUCCAGACCUGUCCUCUGAGCUCCACACAGCAAAGGCAAACGCAACACAGCACACCUGAGUUCCACUCUGCCUCCGCCGGAAGUCCAUCUCCCUUUGUGUUCUGUCUCCAACCUACAGCCUGUGCAUCACGCCUCUCACCAAAGAGGCACUCGGCUCCACACAGUGUUUAUCAAAGGUCUCCUUGGUCCACACUCCCAUCCUAGUGAACAAGAAAGAGUUAAC